AUGGAAGUUGAAUUAACUGUGCAAGAAGAAACAAUUAAAUUUAUUUCAAUAAAUGAAGUAUUUGGUAAAUUUAUAGUUGAUCCACAAACAUGGAAAUUAGAUAGUGAAAUCGCAAUGACAUUUUUAAUGUCAGAUAAAACAGUUGAAUUUGUUAAAAAUCGAGGAAUUAUAUUACAUGUUAAUCGUUUAAUCAUUGAUUCAAUUUCAUUAGAACUUCAAACAAAAGAUGAUUCUCCUGCAUUUCAAUGUCAUUUUACACAAACUCCUGGUAUUCUUGAUAAUGAAUAUCCACUCAUUGAUUCUCCUACUUAUUCAACAUUCGAAGAAAUGUAUAAAGGAAGUAUUGGUCAGUUAACGAUUUUUUGGCCAGAAAAACUUUUAUUAAAUUCUGAAAAUAGUUAUGUGUUAAGAAUAGUAUAUAAAACAAAUAAAGGAAGUGGGUUAUAUACAACUCCUUCAAGUUUAGUUACAUUAGAUGGUUAUUUAGAUACUGCCUCUUGGAUGCCAUGUAUUUGUAAUUCUUUUCAGUUAGUAUGUUAUGAAAUGACUUUUAUUGUUCCAGAUCCUUAUGUAGUCAUUGCUACAGGAAAUCCAAGUGUUCCGAUUAUUAAUGGUGAGAUGAGAACAUUCAAUUAUACAUUAAAGACACGUAUUCCUAUUAAGUCAUAUGGCUUUAUUAUUGCACCUGUCAAAUUAUUACCAAUAGAAUCAUCAUUAAAAGUUGGUUAUUUUUCUGGUCCAGUUGAAGAAAAGAGAGCACAAUACACAUUAACUCAAAUGGUUCCUAAAGCAAUUCAAUGUAUUAAGAAAUAUACAUCAACUCCAGAACCAUUCUCUCUUUCAGUGGUUAUUUCUAAAGAAUUACCUCAUUCUCAAACAAUGUCAUUUGCUGGUCUUAUUAUUAUAUCAACAGAACUUUUAUAUCUUGAAGACAAUGCUGAUAGAUAUAGACAUGUUAGUUUUGAGAUUGGAAGAGUAGUUGCAUCACAAUGGGUUGGGCAUUAUAUUAUUCCAAAUAGAAUUAGUGAUGAAUGGAUAACAUUAGGUAUUCGUGAUUAUUUGGCAGAACAAUUUAUUAAAACAGUAAAUGGACAAAAUUAUGUAAAAUAUAAAUCUAUUGAGUCACAAGAAUUAGUAUUAUACCAAAAAUGGGGAGAACCAUUACAUACAGAAGAAAGAAAAGUAUUUGCUGAGAUGGAAAUUAAUGACCAUUUUCGAAGAAAGGUUGACAUAGCAAUGGGAGUAAUGGAAAAUAAUUUAGGAAAGGAUAGAAUGAAAAAGUUAGUUUGUGAAAAGGUUUUAAAUAAUGGAGAACCAAUGGAUGAUCUCAAAAGAAAUAUUAAAACAAGACAAUUUGUAAAAGAAUUACAAACACAAAACUCUUCUUUAAUGAAACAAUUUGAAGAACGAUUAGUAAAUGGAACAGGAUACAGUAAAAUUGCUGUUAGUUUUACGUUUACUCAAAGAACUAUUCAAACAGAUUUUAAAAUUCAUCAGUCUAGAAAAGAAAAAGGAUACAAUGUUGUUCCAGUUAGAAUUCAUGAAGUUGAACAAACUAUUGAAGAUACUAUUGAAUUAACUGGAGAAGAAACAAGUAAAAGUAUUCCAUGUCAUUCAAGAAUUAGAAAACAAAGAAAAAGGCCUAUUAAAACUGAUACUGGAGAAACAAUUAUGUAUGAUUUAGAUUCAAGAGAUUGUAAACGAAGUGGUCAAGGGGAAACUGAUGUACCAAUUCUUUAUAUUGAAAUUGAUCCAGAUAAUGAUUAUCCAAGAAGAAUUAAAAGAGAUAAACAAUCAUUUCAAGAAUAUAUGUGGUUAACACAACUAGAAUUUGUUAGAACAGUUAGAGGUCAAUUAGUAACAAUUGAAGGAUUAGAAAAAUGUAAAAGUGAAAAAGGAAUUAAUGCUUUAUUUGAUUUUUUGAUUAAUAAUCAUCGUUGUUUCUAUAAAGUUCAAAUUGCUGCUGCACAUGCUAUUGCUCGUAUGUCAUGUGAACAAAAUGGAUAUUUAGGAUUUCAUUUAUUAAAACAAUUUUAUAAAACAAACUAUUAUGAAGAAAGUGUUGGAGUUAUACCAUUAGACUUUUCUAAUCCAUUAAGAUAUGAAUUACAAAAAGGGUUAAUAGGAGCUUUUGCUGAUGUUAGAGUUCAUAAUCUUACAGAUAAAAUUAACUGGGGAGGAUUAUAUGAUGAUAAACAUAAAAAUAGAAUUGAUGCAUUAUCACUACCAUCAUAUCCUGAAGCAGUUAGUUUAUUAUUAGAAAUUGCAGAAAAUUCAACAAAUGAAAGAAAUAAAUAUCAAGAUGGAGUUUUUAUUAAAUCAGUUAUUGGUGCUUUAGGAAAAAUUGUUAGUUCUAAAGAAGAAGAUAAUGAACGAAUUACUAAAUUCCUUAAAAGAGAAUUAAAUAAAGAUAAAAUUAUUCCAUCAGACAGAAAUAUUGUAACAUUAGCUGUUAUUAAAAUGGCACCUGGGUUAUGUGAUUUAUCAUCACUUUGUAGUGUAGGUAAUUUUUAUGAAGUUCGUGUUGCAGCAAUACGUGCUUUAUUAAAGAGUGAUCCACAACAAGGAUUAAUUACAUUUGUUGAAACUCAUGAACGAGGUGAUAGUGGAAGAGUAAGAUAUGCCAUAUGUGAAAUGGCAUUAACAUUAAAAAAUUUUCCACCUCAAGACAUUAUAUUUACAACAUAUUUUAGAGAUUUAGGAAAUCGUGUAUUUAAAGUAUUAUGUAAUCGUCAUGACUAUGUCAAAAAUAAAAUUAUGUUAGCAUUAGUAUUUAAAAAGUGGUGGGGCGAUUCUUUGGUUCAAUCAAUUAUUCCUCCAAUCGCACCAACAAUAAUUUAG